AUGGGAUCCCUGUGGAGCUGGUGGGCCCUCUGGGCUGGAGCAACCCUCCUGUGGGCCCGGCUCGCCCCAGCGCAGGCUUCCUGCCACGGCGUUCAGUGCUCACCUGGCCAGCGCUGCCAGAUGGUGAGUGGCAAGGCCAGGUGUGUGGCAGAGUCCACAGCUGUCUGCCGCGCCCACGGCGAUCCCCACUACACCACCUUCGACGGCCGUCGCUACGACAUGAUGGGCACCUGCACCUACACCAUGGCCGAGCUGCGCAGCGCCAAGGAGGCCCUGCUGGCCUUUAAAGUAGAAGCCAAGAAUGAGCACCGCAGCACCAGCAAAGCCUCCUACGUGCGCCUGGUCACCGUGUCCGUCUACAACCACACUGUGUCCCUGGCCUACGGAGAAACAGGCUUGGCCCGGAUUGACUACCAGCACUCAAGCCUGCCUGCGUCCCUGAGUGAGGGCCGCCUGCGUGUGUUCCAGAGUGGGAUACAGGGCGUGAUAGAGCUGGACUUUGGGCUGGUGGUCACCUAUGACUGGGAUCGCCAGCUGACGCUGAGCCUGCCCAAGCGCUUCCAGGACCAGGUGUCCGGGCUGUGUGGCAACUAUAACGGAGAUCCUGCUGAUGACUUCCUCACGCCUGAUGGGAAGCAAGCUGCCGAUGUCCUGAACUUUACCAAAAGCUGGAAGGUGGCUAACGGGGAUGUCUUGUGUGAUGACGGCUGUUCUGGCAACUGUCCCUCCUGCACCGAAAGCCAGGCUCAGCUCUUCCAGAACGAUGUUUUCUGUGGCCUGCUGAUUCUUCCCACAGGCCCAUUUGCUGACUGUCAUGAAUUCCUGGACCCCAAGCCUUUUCUGGAGGAGUGUGUGUAUGACAUGUGCGUGACCGGAGGGGAGCGCCUCACGCUGUGCCAUGGCCUCAGUGCCUAUGCUCGAGCCUGUGUGGACCUGGGCAUCUCCGUCCGAGAAUGGAGGUCACGAACCAAGUGCCCCCUGUCCUGUCCAGCCAACAGCCACUACCAGCUCUGCAGCCCCGCCUGCCCAGCCUCCUGCAACGCAGAGGCCGCGCCAAGCAACUGCUCUGGGCGCCCUUGCGUGGAGGGCUGCGUGUGCCUUCCGGGCUUCCUGGCCAGUCGCGGCCUCUGCGUGCCUGUGUCGUCGUGCGGCUGCACCUUCGAGGGCCGCCUGCUGGCCCCGGGUCAGGAAGUGUUCGCCGACGACCUAUGCAAGCGGCGCUGCACGUGUGAUGGAGCCACCCAGAAGGUGACCUGCCGGGACACAUCAGGGUGCCUGCCCGGCGAGCGCUGUGGGCCGAAGGACGGCUUCCUGGGGUGCUUCCCCCAGUACUACGGCGAGUGCCGGGCCUCGGGGGACCCGCACUACAUGUCCUUGGACUCGCGGGUCUUCAAUUUCAUGGGCACGUGCUCGUACCUGUUUACCGCCUCCUGCGGCCAGCACCCGUCCCUCCCGGACUUCAGAGUGAUCAUAGAGAACGAACGCCGGGGAAGCCAGACCGUGAGCUUCGCGCGGUCCGUGCUGUUGGAGGUCUAUGAGAUGAAGUUCGAGAUUCUCCGAGACUACCCCGGCAAAGUGCUGAUGAACGGCAUCCAGCAGUACCUACCCUUCCGAGCGGUAGGUGGAAAGAUCAUAGCCUACCGCCGGGGCUUGUACGCCUUCGUGCGCACGGACUUUGGCCUGCUGGUCAGCUACAACUGGGACACCCAUGUGACCACCAAGGUGCCCAGCAACUACGCUAAGGCCGUGUGUGGGCUCUGUGGGAACUUUAAUGGGAAUGCCCAGGACGACCUGGGCCAACAGAACCACAGCCUAGCCCUUGACCCUCAAGACUUCGGGAGGAAGUGGCUGGUGGCGACCAGGCCUGGCUGCAGAACGGACGAGCAACGCGUGUGCCCCAACAUGAACAGAGACAUCGUGAAGCUGAACAACGAGCAGUGCAGGGUCCUCAGCAACAGGAAGGGCCAUUUCAAGCACUGCUGGAAGGAGCCCACGUUCAACAGCGCCCUCAUCGAGUGCAUCUAUGACAACUGCCGAAUGCCAGGCCAGACCAAGCCCAUAUGUGACUCGCUGGCCACCUACACCGCCAUUUGCCAGGACCACAACAUCGUGGUGUAUCCCUGGAGAACUAAGGAAUUUUGCCCGAUGAACUGCCCUCCUCACAGCCACUAUGAGAUCUGUUUUCGAGGCUGUCCACUGACCUGCGGAGACAUGCUGGUGCCUGGCGGCUGCGGCACAAAAUGCUACGAGAGCUGUGUCUGUGACGACGGCUAUGUCCUCAGUGGGGAGAUCUGUGUGCCCCUGGCCUCCUGUGGCUGCGUACACCAGGGCAUUUACCACCCGGCAGGGGACGACUUCUAUCCUGGCCCCGAAUGCAACUCUCUCUGCCACUGUCACAAGGGCGGCCUGGUGACCUGUCAGCCCUCGUACUGCAGCCCGCAUGAAGUGUGUAAGGUGUCCGACGGCAUCCUGAGAUGCGUGGCUGUGGGCGAGGCCACCUGCCACAUGUCGGGGACCUCCCAUUACACCACCUUCGACGGCCUCCGCUUCAACUUCACUGGCACCUGCGUGUACGUGCUGGCUCAGACCUGCUGGACCCGGCCCGGCCUGCAGCCUUUCACAAUACUUCAGGAGAACGUGGCCUGGGGUAACAAGCAAGGCACUGUGACCGAGGGGGUCACCGUCCAGGUGGCCAGCUACACCCUGCGGCUGGAGCAGAGUCAGUGGAGGGUCAAGGUGAAUGGUGUGAACAUGAAGAUGCCUGUGAUGCUGGAUGGGGACAGGGUCCAGGCCUUCCAGCACGGCACAGAUGUGGUGGUCAAGACCAGAUUCGGCCCGCAAGUGUCCUACGAUCUCAAAAACAAUGUGCGCGUCACCGUGCCCCGCAACUACUAUAAACACAUGUGCGGCCUGUGUGGGGACUACAAUGAGGACCCCAAGAACGACUUCCAGAAGUCCGAUGGCGCUCAGGCAGCCAACCCCCAGGACCUGGGUAACUCGUGGGAGAAGGCCCAGCCCGGCUCUCCCUGCCAGCCCUGGCCCGCUUGCAAACCAGGAGAGGACUGCACCCCAAAGUGCAGCCCAGAUCUGGAGAGUAAGUAUCGCGAGAUAGGGUUCUGUGGGCUGCUCACCAGCCCCACGGGGCCCAUGGCUGACUGCCACCAGCGGCUGGACCCCCAGGGUCCCUUGCAAGACUGUGUGUUUGAUCUCUGCCUGGGUGGCGGGAACCUGAGCAUUCUCUGCGACAACAUCCACGCCUACGUGAGCGCCUGCCAGGCAGCUGGGGGGAAAGUGGAGCCCUGGAGGACCGAGACUUUCUGUCCAAUGAAGUGCCCUCCUAACAGUCGCUAUAAGGUGUGCACAGACAUCUGCUCCCUGGGCUGCUCAACCAUCACCACGCCAGUGAAUUGCCCGGACGUGUGUGCUGAGGGCUGUGAGUGUGACCCGGAAUUCCUGCACAGCGCCACAGCCUGUGUGCUGGCCGAGAAAUGCGGCUGCCACCACAGGGGGAGCUACUAUGAGCCGGAGGAGUCAGUGCUCAUUGAAAAUUGCCAGCAGCAUUGUGUGUGCCACGCAGGCAAAGGCAUGGUGUGCCAGGAUCACAGCUGCAAGCCAGGACAGGUGUGCGAGCCCUCAGGAGGCGUCCUGACCUGCGUCACCAAAGACCCAUGCCAAGGUGUUACCUGUAGGUCGCAGGAAACGUGUGAAGAGAAAGAUGGCAAGGGAGUGUGCAUACCCAACUAUGACGCCAAGUGCUGGGUGUGGGGAGACCCCCACUACCGUUCCUUCGACGGCUGGACCACUAACUUCCACGGCACCUGCAGCUACCUGCUGGCAGGGAGCAGCUGUCCUGGGGUCAGCGAUGAGGGGCUGACCCCCUUCUCGGUCGUCACCAAGCAUGAGAGCCAGGGCACCCCUACCAUAUCCAAUGUGAAGAAGGUCACCGUGAAAACCCACAACACCAGCAUCGACAUCCUCAAGAAACAGAUCGGCAGAGUCAAGGUGAAUGGUGUCCUCACAGCCUUGCCUGUCCACUUGGCUGGUGGGAGGAUUUCAGUGGUUCACGGAGGCUCAAAGGCUGUGGUGCAGACUGACUUCGGGCUUCAGGUCACUUAUGACUGGAACUGGAGAGUGCAGGUCACAUUGCCCAGUAGCUACCAUGGUGCAGUGUGUGGGCUCUGUGGAAACAUGGACAAAAACCCCAAAAAUGACCAAGUCUUCCCUAAUGGCACGUUGGCACCCUCAAUACCCACCUGGGGCGGCAGCUGGCAGGUUCCAGGGUUGGACCCUCUUUGUUGGAAUGAAUGUCAGGGGUCCUGUCCAAUGUGCCCAGAGGACCGAGUGGAGGAAUAUGGGGGCCCCGGCUUCUGUGGCCUUCUGUCCCCUGACACAGUGGGCCCCUUUGCCAAGUGCCAUGCCCAUGUGCCUCCUGAAAGCUUCUUCAAGGGCUGUGUGCUGGACCUUUGCCUGGGUGGUCAAGUCAAAGAAAUACUGUGCCAGGCACUGACCACUUAUGCUGAGGCCUGCCAGGCUGCAGGCAUCAAGAUCAAGGGCUGGAGGACUCAGGCUGGUUGUGAGAUCUCCUGCCCUGACAACAGCCACUAUGAGCUCUGUGGCCCACCAUGCCCAGCCGUCUGCCCACCCCCAGCACGCCACACAACCCCAGCUGUCUGUAACGGGCCCUGUGUGGAGGGGUGCCAGUGUGACCAGGGCUUUGUCUUGAGUGCUGGGCAGUGUGUUCCCCUGGAUGGCGGCUGUGGCUGCUGGGUCAAUGGCACAUACCAUGAAGCAGGCACCGAGUUUUGGACUGAUGCCACUUGCUCUGAGAGGUGUCACUGUGGACCUGGAGGUAACUCCUUGGUCUGCAAGCCUGCCAGCUGUGGACUGGGUGAGGAGUGUGCCUUGCUGCCCUCUGGCCAGCUAGGCUGCCAACCUACAAGCACAGCUCAGUGCCAAGCCUGGGGUGAUCCCCAUUACACCACCCUAGAUGGGUACAAGUUUGACUUCCAAGGCACCUGUGAGUACCUGCUGAGCGCCCCCUGCCAUGCAGCACCCAAGGGGACCGAAUUCUUCAAAGUCACUGUGGUUAAUGAGCACAGGGGCGGCCAGGCUGUCAGCUACACCCGAAGUGUCACUCUGCAGAUCUAUGGCCUCAACCUGACCGUCAGUGCCCACUGGCCAGGGCGGAUACAGGUGAACGGAGAGUUCGUUUCUCUGCCCUUCCGCAUGGACCAGCGGCUGAGCAUUUACCUAAGUGGAGCAGAUGUGGUGGUGAACACUGCCUCAGGCAUCUCCCUGGCUUUUGACGGACACAGUUUCGUGCGCCUGCGCGUGCCUGCUGCCUAUGCGGGCUCCCUCUGUGGCCUGUGUGGGAACUACAACAAAAAUUCCAGCGAUGACCUGGCAGCGGUGGAUGGGAAACCUGAAGGCUGGAAGGUGGGCGGAACCCCAGGCUGUGACCAGUGCCAGCCUGGACCUUGCCCGACACCCUGCACACCUGAGCAACAGGAGCCCUUCCGAGGCCCCGACGCCUGCGGCAUAAUCUCCGCCCCCGAAGGCCCACUAGCACCCUGCCACCACCUCGUGCCCCCCACGCAGUACCUGGAGGCCUGCUUGCUGGAUGCCUGUCAGGUUCAGGGCCACCCAGGAGGCCUCUGUCCUGCCGUGGCCACCUAUGUGGCAGCUUGUCAGGCUGCUGGGGCCCAGCUUGGAGAGUGGAGGAAGCCAGACUUCUGUCCGCUCCAGUGUCCUGCCAACAGUCAUUACCAGCUCUGUGGUGACUCCUGCCCUGUGAGUUGCCCGUCCCUGUCAGCCCCCGAGGGCUGUGAAACCGCCUGCCGUGAAGGCUGCGUCUGUGACUCUGGCUUUGUGCUCAGCGGUGAUGCCUGUGUGCCGGUGGGCCAGUGCGGCUGCCUUUACAGUGGCCGUUACUACCAGCUCGGCGCCACCUUCUACCCAGGCCCUGAGUGUGAGCGGCGCUGUGAGUGUGCCUCAGACGGCCAGGUCAGCUGCAAAAUAGACACCUGUGGGAUAUAUGAGGAGUGCCGGAUGGAGGAUGGAGUCCGGGGCUGCUAUCCCCAAAGCUCUGAAUUUAUGCUGGUCCUUGAUGGAACUCAUUACGCCACACUUGAUGGGUUGGUGUAUGACCUCCAUGGCUCCUGCUCCUACGUCUUGGCCAGAGUCUGUUACCCAAAACCUGGUGACGAGGAGUUCUCCAUCGUGCUCGAGAAGAACAUGGCUGGUGACCUCCAGCGGUUGGUGGUUACUGUGGAAGGCCAGGUUGUCGUCCUGGCCCAAGGGCCACACGUGACUGUGGACAGUGAAGCUGUCAUGCUCCCCGUGGUUGUGGGUUCCAUAUAUAUAACUAUUGAAAGCCGGAACAUGUUUCUACAGACAAAAACAGGGCUGAAAGUGCUUUUUGAUGGCGAUGGCCAUAUCCUCAUGUCCAUCCCUAGUCCCUUCCGUGGACGUAUCUGUGGCCUCUGUGGGAACUUCAAUGGCAACCGGAGUGAUGACUUUGUGCUCCCCAGUGGGGUGGCGGCCCCCAGCGUGGAAGCCUUUGGAACUGCAUGGCGAGCUCCCGGCUCCUCCCUGGGCUGUGGUGAAGGCUGUGGGCCCCAAGGCUGCCCUGUGUGCUUGGCAGAGAACAGAGAAGCUUAUGAGAAAAAUGAAUCCUGUGGGAAGAUCCGGGACCCCCAAGGCCCCUUUGCAGCCUGCCACCAGGUUCUGAGUCCCUCUGAAUACUUCCACCAAUGUGUGUAUGACCUGUGUGCUCAUAAGGGCAAGAAAUCCUAUCUCUGCCGUAGCCUGGCAGCUUACACUGCAGCCUGUCAGGCAGCUGGUGCAACAGUGGAGCCCUGGAGGACAGACAGCUUCUGCCCUCUUCAGUGCCCUGCCCACAGCCACUACUCUGUGUGCACACGCUCCUGCCAGGGCUCCUGUGCUGCUCUCUCUGGCCUCUUGCAGUGCGCUAGCCAGUGCUUUGAAGGCUGUGAGUGUGACGACCACUUCCUGCUCUCCCAGGGCGUGUGCAUUCCUGCCCGCGACUGUGGCUGCACCCACAAUGGCCAGUACAUGCCGGUGAACUCCUCACUGAUGAACUCAGACUGCAGUGAGCGCUGUUACUGCUCCCCAAGUACCAGCCUGACAUGCUAUGCAGCUGGCUGCACAUCUGGCCGAGUCUGUGAGAUCCAAGCAGGAGUCCGGGAUUGUUGGCCAGCCAAAGGUCUCUGCUCCCUCUCUGUGGGCGCCAACCUCACUACCUUCGAUGGAGCUCGCAAUGCCAUCAGCUCCCCUGGGGUCUACGAGCUCUCUUCCCGCUGCCCGGGACUCCACAUGGAUGUGCCCUGGUACCGUGUGGUUGCUGAUGUCAAGCUUUGCCAUGGCAAUGACAAGGUCGUGGGAGAGGUCCACAUCUUCUUCCAGGAUGGGAUAAUAACUGUGACCCCAGGCAACGGCGUGUGGGUGAACGGUCUCCGAGUGGACCUCCCAGCUAAGGUGUUGACAUCUGUGUCUGUGAGGAGGCUGCCCGAUGGAUCCAUGCUUGUCAGACAGAAUGCUGGGGUCCAGGUGUGGCUUGGAAAAGAUGGGCACCUGGACGUGAUGGUCAGUGAGAACCAUGCAGCCAAGCUGUGUGGGGCCUGUGGAAACUUUGAUGGGGAACAGAUAAAUGAUGUGCGUAGAUUUCAGAAGAAGAUUUCAGUGGAGAAGUGGACAGCACAGGACUUCUCCUCAUGCUCCAGCUGAUCAGUCAUGACUGGCAAUGAAGAUGCCCACACCUGCGCCCUCCCAGAAGUCACCGUGAUUGAAGGACGCCCUGGGUGUCCCUCCCCUGUUCCUCCCCUCCGCUGAGCCACUCAGGCCAAAUCUGAGUAAAUAUCGAGACCCAAGUUGCA